AUGCUCCGCCGUUCAUUUUGCCGGUGUGUCCCUGUGACCAACCGCACCGUGCGGGAUCCCCUCUGCGCCUCCGCGAUCGAUCACUGCACGCCCGUCGUGUACUCCGCGCUGCCAAACGGCUGUCGGGUGGCGACGGAGUAUUUCCCCAGCUGCCAGUUCGCCACCGUCGGCGUCUGGAUUGACGCGGGGAGCCGCUUUGAGGGGCCGGAGAACAACGGGGUCGCCCACUUCCUGGAGCACAUGAACUUCAAGGGCACGCAGAAGUACUCCAAGCGGGCGGUGGAGGACCUCUUUGAGCAAAGCGGGGCCCACUUCAACGCCUACACCUCGCGUGACCGCACGGCGUACUACGUGAAGUCCUUCAACGAGGACGUGGAGAGGAUGAUUGACGUGGUGUCGGACCUGCUCAAGAACGGGCGCUACGACCCGCGGGACUUGGAGUUGGAGCGGCCAACGAUUCUGGCCGAGAUGCGGGAGGUGGAGGAGCUCGUGGAUGAGGUGCUCAUGGACAACCUGCACCAGGCGGCGUACGACCCUCAGUCCAGCGGCCUUCCCCUCACCAUACUCGGCCCCGUGGACAACAUCGCAAAGAACAUCAAUCGGGAGAUGAUCAUGGAUUUUGUGCGGGUGCACUACACGGGCCCCCGUAUGUCUUUCGUCUCCUCCGGCGGCAUUCACCCCGAUGAGGCUCACCGACUCGCCGAGAAGUUUUUCGGCGAUCUCCCCACGACCAACAACCGACCACCGCUUCAGGCCCUGUACCGUGGCGGAUCCACGGUGAUGUGGAAUGAGCAGAUGGCAACGGCGAAUACGGCUGUUGCCUACCCUAUCUGUGGCGCCUCGCACCCAGACAGCUACGCGCUGCAGCUAGUACACAACGUUAUCGGGCAGUUCCGUGAGGGGCAGCACGACCAGUUUGCGUACCAGCACCUGAACCCCAAACUUCCCUGGGAGAAGCUGCCAAACAUUGUGCAAAUGCGUCCCUUUUACACACCCUACGAGGAGACCAGCUUGCUUGGCUACCAGCUCAUCACCACGCCCGUGCCCCCCGCCGGCCCGCGUGCCUCCCCUCGGGACGAAAGCCAAGACGUGCUGCUCGACUACCUCAUGCGGACGAUAAAUGAGUUAGCGACCACCGCCGUGGACGCGAACAUACUAGAGGGGGCCAAGAGCGAGUUCAAGGCGUCCGUCAUGAUGAUGCGGGACAGCACGACGAAUAGCGCGGAGGAUUUGGGGCGGCAGAUGAUUCACUUCGGUCACCGCGUGCCGAUGCGAGAGGUGUUUGAGCGCGUGGAUGCGGUGACUCCGGCCGUCUUCCGCGACACCCUGGCGAAGUACACCUGCGCGACCGUCCCUACGGUGUCUUACAUAGGCUGUGCUGCCGCGGCGCCCCGGUUUGACGCCGUCACGCAGAUGCAGCAGAGGACGGGCAGGGCGCUCUGA